AUGAUAAGGAGGCUACAAAGGCCUGUAUCUGCGACGUAUCGCUUUUACACUGCCGGCUUAGACACCAACGCCCGCCGGCACAUGGCGGCCUCGGCGAUGCUCGGCAGCGUCGCCCCGCCGCCGUUGUUCACCCGAGUUGCAGACCUCAGGGCUGCGCAGCUGCACAGUGGCACCUGCCCGGCAAACUCCGAGCAGGCUACGGCCUUAAGCGGCAGCGACGGCGGUUCGGACGGGGCAGUCGCAUGCUCGGGCGAUGAGGAUGACACCGAGGGAACAGAAAGCGGUAGGGUCGCACGCCGCGGCAAAGAUGGCGACCCACCACCGACAGAUGACGACACAGGCAUCACACAGGCCCAUGUGGCCGCCGCCGAGAAUGAGGAUCUCUCCGACGGGGCCUGUAAGAACGGGUUCAAGGAGUACGGGAACGUCUACGAGAAGCACGAGCCCACCAUGUUCGGCGACUGGAGCCACAUGGGCCGAGUCACGGACUUCUGA